AGGACACCAAAGGGACUAAUUUGUUAAAGGAUUUUGUAUAUUUUGAAUUGUACUGGAUUAUAAUUAUCCUGGGAAACUGCUCAGAGUUCCUGGGCAAACAGAUCCGCUGGUUGUUGCUCAAUCGAGACCUUGAUUUUGUGUAGAUGCGCCCAACCUGAGAAAGAAAGACAAUGGUCGGCAUGAAACCCACAGAUGCUGCACCCACUGCCACGAUCAAGUUCUUUGGCGCUGGCAUGGCAGCCUGCUUUGCAGAUCUUUUAACUUUUCCACUGGAUACUGCCAAAGUCAGACUACAGAUCCAAGGAGAGUCCCAAGGAGUGCAGGGUGCCAAUGCAGUAAAGUAUCGGGGAGUUUUUGGCACUAUUACCACCAUGGUGCGUACAGAAGGUCCCAGAAGCCUUUACAGUGGGUUGGUUGCAGGGCUUCAGCGGCAGAUGAGCUUUGCUUCUGUUCGAAUUGGUCUUUAUGACUCCAUGAAGAAGUUCUACACCAGAGGCUCUGAGAAUGCUGGGAUCGUUGUUCGGCUCAUGGCAGGCUGCACCACAGGCGCCAUGGCAGUUGCAUUCGCACAGCCCACAGAUGUGGUAAAAGUACGUUUUCAAGCCCAGAUGCGUCUGGCUGAUGGUGAGAGGCGAUACAACGGCACCAUGGACGCCUACCGGACAAUUGCCCGUGAUGAGGGAGUGCGGGGCCUCUGGAGAGGUUGUAUGCCCAACAUAACUCGUAAUGCAAUUGUAAAUUGUGCAGAACUAGUAACCUACGACAUCAUCAAAGAACUCAUUCUGAAGUAUGACCUGAUGACAGAUAACUUGCCGUGCCACUUUACAGCAGCCUUUGGUGCUGGUUUCUGCACAACAAUUGUGGCUUCCCCAGUGGAUGUCGUCAAGACACGGUUCAUGAACUCAGGUGCAGGCCAGUAUAGUAGUGCUAUACAUUGUGCCAUCACAAUGCUGACAAAGGAGGGGCCCACAGCUUUUUAUAAGGGGUUCAUGCCCUCUUUCCUGCGAUUGGGGUCCUGGAAUAUUGUAAUGUUUGUGUCAUAUGAACAGAUAAAACGAGCGAUGACCAGAGCACAACAGUCCUGGGAGUCACCAUUCUGAAAACCUUCAUCCUUUCACCAUUAAUGUUUUUACCGGCCAGCCAGGCAUGGAGGUGCAUCACCAUGGUACAGUUGGCUAUCUCAGCAAUGGAGAUCUGAGAUGGCCAAGUGAUAGGAGAAAGGCGUCAAGGCCAUAUAAACACAUUACUGAAGAUGCACAGAGACAGAGUUAAAGAUAAACUUCUGCCUUAAAUAGUGCUAGCAUUUGUGAUUCUCGCAGUAUUGGACAAUUUCAUGCGUCCUUAGUGCAUAGAUCAUGAAAAUAAACAAGACAAUCCAAAGGAUGGAAACAAAAAGUGACAAUACUACCUUGAUGAGUCACAGAGAGGCAAAUCCUGGACCAGCCCGACUGAUGGACAUUGCCAUUUAUCCAGAGUGAUUGUAUGGGGAUAAAGCAAGAAUUUUCCUUCAGCGACUUAAUUCGAUAAGAUCUAGAUGGAGCAACGGUUUCACAAAGUGCGUUUCAUUUUUUGAUUACAUGAAAGACUUUGGUUAUGCAGCUUUUAGCUUUUACACAGCACUAUGCAUGUUCAGAAAUGCUGACUGAGAUGGCCAAGAUCAUAAGAACAUGGGCAAUGUAAAACUCUGAUUUAGGCUGGAUGUUCACUUUAGACAGAUGUAACUAGUCCAGCAACAAAAGGUUUUCUUCUAUGGUGACCACAUUUAUGUAGCAUGGCGUAUAUUCUCCUGACAUGUACCCAUUUUUUUGCUUUUUGCUUUUUGUUUUGAAAUAUGCUAUUUAUAUUAUUAAGAUAAUUUCAAGGUAUCCAUUCAAAUGCAAAUGGAAGGAUUUGUACAGGGAUUCCUAUUUCCCAGAAUUAGCUUGCUUGUGAAUAUAUAUAACUGGGAGAGUGGCUCCAGCAGAUUCCAGGAACAACAUCUGAGGUCUAUGUCCAGAAGUGUGCAGUUCUAGGAACAGCUAAGAUGCUACACAGAACCCUCAAACUUUCAGGCCUCUGGUAGAGGACCCGAGCUUGAGGAAAACACACACCACCAAUGUGUGUGUGUGUGUGUAUACACACACACACACACACAUAUAUAUAUAUAUAUAUUUGAACAUACUAAUAGUAUCAAAAUGAAAAUCCCAUCUCUCCCUUGUUUUGUAAGAAACAUGCCCUAAAAUGGGCCUAUUUGACGAAUUUGGGCACUGCAGUGGUUAGCACGGUUGCCUCACAGUGAGAAAGGUCCUGGGUUGGAACUCCAGGGUUGUCGAGCCUUGGUGGUCAUCCCAGGUCAUCCUCUGUGUGGAGUUUGCAUGUCUCCCUGUGUCUGUGUGGGUUUCCUCCGGGUGCUCUGGUUUCCUCCCACAGUCCAAAGACAUGUAGGUCAUAUUAAUCAGCCGUACUAAAUUGUUCCUAUGUGUGAAUGUGUGUCAGCCCUGUGAUGGACUGGCGGCCUGUCUAGGGUGUCUCCCCACUUGCCACCCAAUGACUGCUGGGAUAGGCUCCAGCAUUCCGCGACCCUGAGUAGGAUAAGUGGCUUGGAUAAUGGAUGGAUGGCUGGAUGGAUGGAUGUACCCGUUUAUUAUGUAGAAAUCAUAAAAUGUUUACAAUGUGAAUGUGAUUAGGUCUUAUAUAUUAAUGUCUAUGUUUACAUUGCUGUUCUUUCAUCAUGAUGUAAGUAUUGUUUAUUGCAGGUCAAUAAGUCGAUAUGAAUAUCAUUUACGCCAUGGUUAUGCCUAUGUUUGACAUCUAGAUUUGAAUAAAGUUCAG